AUGAAGUUAAUUAUGAUAUUAAUGAUUGGAAUAGGAUUAAUCCAUGCGAGUCUUAGUAAGUAGAUUAUACUAUUUAGUCAGGAUCAGUAAUUCAUAAGAGUUGUCUUUAGAACCUGCAUAUUACAAACCUUUGAAAAAGUAAUAGGAGUUAAACUAGGAAUAAGUGUUGAAUACAAAGUAUUAUGAGUCUAAAGAGGGAGAACCUUCAGAAAAAUAUGAAAUGGAAGAUAAAUUGUUAGAGGGAAGUGAUGAAUGUGGUUAUGGAUAUUGGGUUCGUUUUUCUGAGAAUGAGAUUUAAGACACAGAAAAAUAUUACUUCUUGAGCAGAUUAACAACAAAUAAAGAACAUGGAGAUUUAACUUACUAUGGGGAUAGAGCUUUAAGUGUUUUUCUGUAUACGAAUGUAUUUGUUUUUGCAACAUAUGAUUUGGAUGAGAAUCUUAAAUCAAAAGAGAGACUUGUCAAAUUAUAAGAGAAUGUAAAUGGAAAUUGGUAUUUUAUUUGUUAUUCAAAAUAAAACUCAGCCAUUGUAGGAUUUUUAGUAAAAUUUGGGGGAAAUCAUAUUAUACGAUUUGAGCAAUAUGGUAGACACAAACCAAGCAGAUAUUAUAAGGUAAUAUUUGGUGGAUCUGAGUUUGAUUAUUUGAGUUUGGCAGGGUAGUUUGCAAAUAUCUAUUUUGAUUUUGAUGAGCCUGCAUUUAUAAAUACAAAUGAAGAUGUAUUGAAAUUAAUUUAGAAACAUUGUAAUAUGCCAUAAGUAUUAUUGAAAAAGUCAACGAUAAAUUUAAUAGAGGAGACAAAGGAGUUUUCAGCAAAUAAUAAAUAGGAUUCAAUAUAAAUGUAAGUUUUUGAUAAUGAGUAUAUCAUAACAUAGUAUUAAGUGAAGGGAUGGUUUCGAUGGAUUGAUAAUAUUUUGGUGGAAGAAUAGAAUGAAUUUUAAAUAUUAAAUUUAAGAAGUAAUAAGGAUAAAAGUGAUAAAACAGGAGAUAGAGCAUUAGAAAUUCAUUAGAUAUAUGGAGGAGGAGCAGAAGGUUAGAUAUAUUUUAGUACUUAUUCAAUAAUUGAGGAAUAGAAAAGAGUAACAAAAUAAUUGAAAUCUAAUUAACUUGUUUGGACAUAUGGAUAAUUUAGUUAUGAUAUAGGAAGUUUGAAAGCAUUUGGAUAUGUGAUAUAUCCAGGUUUUGCAUAGAGUUUAGAAUUUAAUGGAAUCUAACAUAAAUAGGUAACAAAAUUAUAUUUGACAAUUGGAGGAGAUGAGGAAAUAUCAAGUUUUAAUGGGAAGAUUGGAUAUUUAAAAGUAAAUGUUGGACCAAAAUCAUAUAAUGAGAGAAUGACUUUAGAUGAUGAAGGAGCAUUGAAUUUGUAUUUGAGAAAUAGAUUAAUAUCAAAUUAAGAAGAAAUAAAGGCAAGUAGAUAUAACUAAAUUUAACCUGUGUUUUCAUAGAUAUAUGAUUAGAAUGUGAAUGGUUAAAGUGAAUAUAGUUUUGGUAUGUGGAGUAGAUGGAUACGUACAUAUCCAAUAUAUUUAUAGAAUAGAGCAGAAAUACAUUCAAUAGCUCAUUUGAGAAGAGAAUAUAAAUAAAUAUUAUUAGAGAUUUAAUUGACUAAAACAUCAUAUUUGUUUUAAUCAUUAGAUGAUGUGAAAUAGAUUGAGUAUUAAGAUUUAGAGGGAUAAUGGAUUUAUUUAUAUUUUGGAUAUAAUAGAUUAGAGAAAAAAGCUUUAGGAAUAGUAAAUAAAUUGGGAAAAGAAUUAAAAUCAGUAUAAUUUAUAAAUGAACAUGAAUUUAUAAUAAAUGCGAUUGAAUUUUAUGUAGGCAAACAUCAUACUCCUUUUUUUAAUGGUGAAUUCGCAAGAAUAUAAUUUUAAUUUGGACCUUAUUCUUUUAAAUAGGAAAGUGAGUUAUAAUAAAUUGAUACAGAAGGAUUACCUUAUGUGAUUGGUAUCACAUAAUAGACAAUUUAAUUGAUAGGUGCUAUAUAAUAAAGUCCAAUAGACGAGAAAUAUGAAUUUACAUAAUUCUAAGGAGUUACGGAAUAUAGUUUAUCUGGAUGGAUUAAAUUUAAUGGAAUAGAGAAAUCAGGAGAAUAAUAUCAUAUUAUUACAUUAAGUUAAAGAACAUUAGAUGAAAGUAAUGAUUAAGCAACAUUACAAAUUUUAAGAAAUGAUAUUAAUUAUAAAUUCAUCACCUAUACAUGUAUAAUAGAUUGCGAUAAAUACUUAAAUAAAGAAAGUAGUUUUGGAGAGUACUGGGAUUAAUGGACUUAUAUUUAUUUUGGAUAUAAAGAUUAUUAGACAUAUACAUAUAUUGAGUAUAGAUUUAUGAAAGAUUCAUUCAUUAUGAAUGAUGUAAAUCAUUAUUACAUGUCUAUAUUCUCAAUAUUGUUAGGAUAAUCAAGAAAGGAGUAUCUACAGUUUAUGGGUUCAUUAAAAUAAUGGGUAUUGAAUGUAGGUAUCGGUGCGUACAGAGAAGGUAGUUAUGAAAGUGAAUAAUAAAGUAUUAAAGUUCAUUUUGGAUAUAUAGCUGGAACUGAUCAUUUAAUUUAAGCUCAAGAAAUGAAAGAACAUACAGAAGUAUUAGAUUGUCAAACACAACAAAUAUCAUUAUAAUAGAGUGAUGAUUUAUUAUUAGAUGGAUUAUAUGAAUAUGGUUAUGGUCUAUGGAUUUAAUAUAGACAUUAUUCAAGUACUAUUAAUCUUAUCAAACCUAAAUUAAUGGGAAUUGCUAGAUUAUACUUAGAUCAAAUGGAUCAUCUCUUAAGUGUUAUUAUGAAUGUUGGUAGUUAUUAAUUCAUUUCCUUACAAACUACAUAAUCAUUAAAUUAUUAUGCUUAUCAUGAAAGUGAAUGGAUCUUUAUCUACUAUGCUUAUUAAAGAUAAUAAUAGGAAUUAGGUUAAACUAUAGCUUUCAUUGCUGAUUAUAAUGGUAUUAGAUCAAUUCAACAAAAUGUCUUACAUCCAUUCAUUAGAAAUCAUCUACAUCUCCAGUUUGGAAGAGCAUCCAAAAGUUAUCCCUAAUUUAAUGGAUUGAUUACUGGAAUUAGGUUAUAUUUAGGAAAAGGAGCAUUCAUUGAUCAAGAUUUACUUAAGCAAAUGAUUUAUAAAAUCAACAGAAAACCAACUUAAAUCUAUAUAGAUAAUGUUAUUACAAUAUUAGAAGAUAGAACUGAUAAUUAUAAUGGAGAUAAUCCUAUACAUAUUGAAGGUAAUGCUAAUCAAUAUUCCAUUCAAAUGUGGUUUAAAAUUACUCAAAAUUCAUUUUUAUAUAGACUCACCUAAAAUGAAAACCCAUCAGACAACAAAUUUCUAGGAGAUCGUGUAUUUCAUCUAUUCAAUCAUUUAGAUCAUGUUUAAUAUAGUACUUACACUUUACUAAAUAUGGAUUAAAUAGAUUUAUAAAUUACUUAAUAAUGCAAAAUAGAAUUAUAUCAUUAAAAUAUGUGGGCAUUUUCAUAUUAAAGUUAUUCUAAAUUAGAAUAGAAAAUUAUAAUAUAUUUAAAAAUUGAUGAUUAUAUAUGUUAAAUGAAUAAAGAGAAUGUAAUUCAUGCAAUAAAUGAUUAAAUGUGGCUUUAUUUAAUGAAAGAUUUUAAUGAUCCAAAUUCCAAUACAAUUUAAAUUUCCCAUGUUAUAUUAACUUUAGGAUAAGGAAGUUUUAUUGAUGAUAAAUUUGGAAAAUUAUCAUCAUUUAUAGCUGGGAAUAUAUAAUUACCUAAGAUUAUAUAGGAAAUUGAAAAAGUAACAGAUUCAUAAAAAUAUACAUUUAAUGAAGUUGAUUCAAUGAGUGAAUAUGCUGUAUCAUUUUGGUGUAAGUUUAGUUCUACAUAUCCUGAAAGGAUUUAUAGAAAAUCUGAUAAUUUCUAAAUAUUUAGAAUGACUUCUAAUUAAUAAUUGAAUGAAGGAAAGAUAGAUUUAGGAGAUAGGUUAAUUAGUGCCUAUGGAUUAAAAGAUUCAAUAAGUUUUAAUACAUAUGAUAUUAAUGAUAAUGCUCCAAAUGAAUAUAGGAUUAUUGAAAUUGAUAGAUUAGAAAAUAGAUGGUAUUUCUUAUAUGCCGGUUAUAAAAGGAAAUAAUAAAUUGCUAAAUUUUAUGUAUACGAUGGCAAAUAAGAAAAACAAAAUUCCAAUUAAAAUUUAUUGUAAAAUCCUUUAACAGAUUUUGUAUAGGUGAUAUUUGGAUCAGAAGAUCAUGUUAUAGGAUUUAAUGGUUAAAUAUUGAAAAUUGCAAUUAUGAUAGGAAGUGGAUCAUUUGGAUAAAGUGGAUCAUUUUUAGAAUCUAAAUUAUUAGAUUAUAUUAUAUAGUAUGAAAUUCCAGAAGAAUCUACUCUAGAGUAUUAAUACAAAUAAAAAAAUGGUGUUAUUGAAUUAGAUCAUGAAUUUAAUGAACAUGAUUUUCAUAAUGUUGGUUCUUAUUCAGUUUGUGGAUGGUUUAAAUUAAAUUAUUCACCUUUAAGUAAAUUUGAAUAAGAAAUCUCUUGUUAAACAUUAAUUCGUUUAUAUGAGAAUGAAAAAUUAAAUGACAAAUUAAUUUAAGGUGAUAGAACAUUACUCAUUUAGGUUUGCGAUUAAUAAUUUAUAAAAUUCUAAACUUAUACCUUAUCAUAAAUAUAGAAUGUUAAUGAACAUAAAUUAAUUGAGAAUUCUAUUGAAAUGGAUUCUGCUGUUAUUUGGCAUUAUGUUUAUAUGAGUUAUGAUGAUAUAGAUUAGACAGUUUAAAUUCUAUUGAAAUAAUUUCAAUCUGAUGAAGUUAUUCUACUCAAUAAUAUUUGGCAUAUGGAAACUAAUUAUUUAGGUAUUUUAUUAGGUUAGGAUCUUGACAAAAUUAAUUUUGAUGGUAUUCAACAAUAAUGGCAAUUCUUAUAUGGAUACCAUUCAAUAAUUGAUUUAAAUAAACCAGCCUAUCAAGAUAAAUUACCCAAUUAUUAUAAUAUUAAAAAUAAUUAAAGAGAAAUGUGGUACUAAAAUGAUGAAGAUCAAAAAACAACUGUUGAAUUUCAUAGUGCUGUCAAUUAGUAUGCCAUUGGAGUUUGGACAAGAUGGGAAUCAGAGUUCUUUGAAUCAAAAUAAAUUCAAUUUCACAAUAUAUAUAGAUUUACAAACAGAAAAUAAUAUGAAGAUAAAGCUUAAUUAGGAGAUAGGGUAUUAUUCUCUUAUCUUACAAAUAAAAAUUAUGAAUUUAGUACUUAUAACAAAAAAUAAAGUAUUACUGCUAUUAAUACCUAAAUCCCAUAUGAUUUUAUUGAAGGAGAUUGGAAUUAUAUAUACUUUGCUUAUAAAGAAACUAAUCUCUAUGCUGCUGUAAUUCAUAAAUAAUCACAAAAAGCAGAACAUACUAUUCUCAAAGAUAUUGAACAUUUUAUAUUAGGAUAUGCUUAAUUGAUCAUAAACAAACCUGAAUUUGGAUUUUAAUCAUUUAAAGGUCAAAUUUAUGAUUUAAGACUAUUCUUAGGAGAUGGGGCUUAUUUAGAUGAUACUCAAAAAUUGGCUAGCAUGAUUAACAAAUUGCACAUUCGCUUGCCUGAUAUUUAAUUAAAAAUUGAGCAUUUCGAAUGGAAAGGGUGUGACACUUAAAUUGAUGAAGAUGCCUCUUUUAUUUAAGAAUUCUAGUAUCCUGAACAAAAAACCUAUUCUAUUUCUGGUUGGAUUUGGUUAUAUUCUAAGAAUGAAGGUGAUUUAGACUCUCUCUAAGGAGUUAUGAAAUUAUCAACAGAUCUAAACUUUAAUACUCUUUUGGUUUUAGCAAAAUCGAAUCAAAUAACUUUUGGAAGUUAUUCAUUUGGUAAAAAACCAUAACCAAUUUGGUAAAGUUGUGAUAUUUAAAUUGAAUAAUGGUUUUUUGUGUACCUCAGCCAUUAAGAUGAUUUUACUCGUUUUUAUAUUAAAAGUGAGUAAGGAGUUUAGGAAUUUACAAAUGUUUCAAGACAUGUUCUUCCAAAAAAUUUUAAAUUAUCUUUAGUAAAAUUUGACUCAUUUGAAAAUUUUGAUGUAUUAUUUAUUUUUAAAUGUUUAUUAGGGCAAGUUAAAAGGAGUCUAAGUAAGAUGGCAUAAACCAUUAGAGGACCCUGAAGAGGAAUCCACAGCUCCAGUGCUGUAACAUUAAUGA